AUGAGUCAUCAAGAAAAACCACUCAAAGAAAAUCUAACUCAAUGGAUGGAAUUUGUUCUCCUGGGAUUUGCUGAGCUGCCCCAUCUCCAGUGGUUUCUGUUUGGAUUGUUUUUAGUCAUCUAUAUUAUCAUCCUGAUGAGCAAUGGCACCAUAGUUCUAAUAACAAAAAUGGAUCCUGCUCUCCAGAGCCCUAUGUAUUUUUUCCUGGCUAAUUUUUCCUUCUUAGAAAUCUGCUAUGUGUCAGUUACUCUCCCCAGAAUGGUGAUGAAUCUUGGGACUCAGAGAAGAAUAAUUUCCUUAGUUGCUUGUGCUACACAGAUGUGUUUUUUUCUAAUACUUGGAGGUACAGAAUGUUUGUUACUGACUGUAAUGGCCUAUGACCGCUACGUGGCAAUUUGUAACCCUCUGAACUAUCCUCUAGUCAUGAACCAUAAGGUCUGUAUCCAGUUGGUGACUGGCUCCUGGAUCAGUGGGAUCCCACUUCCUAUAGGACAGACCUAUCAGAUUUUCUCUCUUCCCUUCUGUGGAUCUAACCAAAUCCACCACAUCUUAUGUGACCUCCCCCCAGUAUUCAAGCUGGCCUGCGGGGACACUUUUGUGAAUGAGAUGUUGCUCUACAUGUCUGUUCUGUUGUUUGGCAUGAUUCCAUUUCUGUUGAUCCUUGGCUCCUACACUAAAAUAAUCUCCACCAUCCUGAAGUUGCCAUCAGCCACAAGUCGGGCCAAAGCUUUUUCUACCUGCUCUUCUCAUCUUAUGGUUGUGCUGCUAUUCUUUGUAUCAGCCCUCAUUACAUACUUAAGACCUAAGGCUAGCCACUCAGGGGGAACCGACAAUGUGCUUUAUCUGUUCUACACUAUCCUAACUCCUAUGUUUAAUCCCAUGAUAUAUAGUCUAAGAAAUAAAGAUGUCAUUAUGGCACUGAGAAAACUGCUUUGUAAAUAA